CCCCGGUAAGCUCGGUUGAUUAUAGAAAGAUCUCGUAAGUUUUAUUUAAUUCGAUCGCAGUCGCUUUUGCCAAGCCAGCGCGCUCUUUUGUUUACACGAAAAAAGCGCUCAUCCAAUAAACUCUCAUCCAUUUUCGAAAAACCCUUCGAGUUUACCAAUUUCUUCCAUUGGGGUGCUAAAGACAACACAACAGAAGAGUGCAUAAUGGGAGAAUAAUAGAGUUCCCAUCAUUCCAUAAUCGAUUACAAUCUCGAAACCUCUCAACUAACCAUGGACAACAAGGAAACGAUGAGCAUCGAGGAAAACAUAGAAAAUCCACCUAUGGUCACAGACCUGGAUGAUCCCACAGAUAACGAAGGGCCUGCACCAUCGAAAAGGAACAGUGACGCUGGCCUCAGCAAAAUAUCGGUGGAUCAGCUUAUUGUAAAAUCGCCAAAUGACAAUAUCAGUGUUUCUGUGAAAUCAUCUGUGAAAGAAGUGAAGUGCGUAAAGAAAAGGGUGGUUCUCGAUGGUGCUGUGUUCUGGCUGGGGGUUCUCCAGAUUUUGUUCGGGUUGUUCAUGAUGGGUUUUGGAGUUUUCGCCAUUCUGCAUGAAGCUUCCAUGUCGAUGACGGCCGCUGGAAUAUGGACAGGACUAAUAGCUAUAGCUACCGGAAUUUUUGGAAUUCUAGCAACAGCGACACGUUGCUGUCCUGUAGAAGAAAAAUGGAGGAAGCUGUCCAAAACUAUGUUUUUAGCCCUGAGUUUGAUCAGCGUGGCGUUGUCUCAGCUUGUUGUGGUGUUGGCUGGUAUUGGUUUAGCCAGAGAUUUGAAUAAUAACGAAAACGAGGGGCAGAAUCAAGAAUUAGAGGCUUUCACAGGCAAACCCUUCGUCCAAUCAAAAUUCUCCAUCAUCAUACCUGAGAACUACUAUGGCAUUCUUGCAAACGCAGCUCUUCUCAUAGUGUCAGCUCUGGAGUUCAUCUGUGCCCUUCUGUCAUCUUAUAAAGGGGCCAAAGCGUUGUGUCCUUGCUUCCAACAGGAGAACAUAGUUUACACGGGCCUCCCUGUAAACAACAGUCAUGCCUUGGUCAGCUCCUGGUUGGGAAAACACACUCCCCCACCACAACUGUAUGUGGUUACUUCUUCAUCAACUUUAGGAAGAGGAACUAAGAUUUCCGGCGGUCUACCGAUCACUCCUGUCUUCACCUACCCUCCGCAGAUGAUGGCGCAGCAAAUAAUGGGGGUUCCGUUGAUUCCUGCGCCAUUGGGAAACAUCCCUUCACCCAUCAUACCACCCAACAGGAGACGUCAUCAUAUCUACAGCCGACACAUGCCGAAAUCCAAAACCUUUCCCCAUCGACCUAGGGAGAAGACCCCUCGUCUAUCAAGGUCGAGGUCAAGGUCCCAACCAAGAACCCCCGAAGUAGUCUUAACCGAAAGAGACGUUGCCAAAACUUACACCGGCCUAGACAAGGAGAUCGCAGAGCAAUUCAUAGAAAGAUGCGAAAAUAAGAAGCCAGAUUCGAGUACGGUAUCGAGCAAGACGAGCUGCGACCACAGUUGUUCUUCUUCUUCCAUGCCGACGGCCAGCACUUCUUGUUCUGUGACUGACACGGCUACCAACUCUAAAGAUCGUCGCAUCAAAUGAUUUUAGUGUACAAAAAACCAUAAUAUUAUAUAUUAUCAUAUAUGUUUUUAUACUGUUUAUAAGUUUAAGUUUUUACUCGUAUAAAGAUUAUUUCAUUUUGUAUAUAAAUUGUAUAUAAAUAAGAAAUAGUGCUAUGAAAACUUGAAUGUUACCAUUUAUUAUUAACACUUGAAUAUACAUAGAUAUAUAAAACAGUUGAAGCUGAGUUUGGUGCUCAUUUUUAUUGUUAUAUAAUUUUUUUAUUAUGUAAUAUAUGAUAACCUGUGAUUAUACCUUAAUUCUGUAAAAAAUAAUAUUGUUACUUUCAGUA